AUGACAGAAGGCGAGAGACAGCAGAGUGCAGGCGGCGCAAAUGCCGCCCCCCAACACAGGAAGGGGCACAGGAGACAAGAAUCAAUGUACGCAAUGACGGGCUUGUAUGCGGAGUCCGGCUGCGGAGAUACUGCGGCCACAGAAGCGGCUGGGCCAAGCGCGCCCCCCUCUUACCCACCAAGGGAGUCGAUCAAAUGUCACAGCAGAAAUCCUUCAGCUGGGAUAUGCGACAGAGAUCGGGAACGCGACAAGGAGAGGGAGAAGCCACACCAAUUAUUCCCAGAAAUAUUAGACAUUCCUCAUGACUCACGUGACUGCGGGAUCCUAUCGUGGAGGCCGUUAUUUAUUCAGAGAUUCUCUAGUAUUAAAGUAUUCGUAUUUUUCCUUUCGUUCCUCGUGACGCUGCAGCAGGCGUUAAGCUCUGGGUACAUAAACUCUGUGAUCACAACAAUUGAGAAACGCUUCGAGAUACCUUCCAGCCUCUCCGGGCUCAUAGCGAGCAGCUACGAGAUCGGGAACGUCAUCACCGUCAUCUUUGUCUCUUACUUGGGUAGUAGGAGGCACAUCCCCGUAUGGAUCGCUGUUGGUGCCGUUAUAAUGGGCAUCGGAUCACUGGUGUUCGUCGUGCCGCACUUUAUAGCGGAAGUGAACAGCGAAAUGAUGUCGAACAAUAAAUCCGACGACAACAUCUGCCGGCUGCCACGGGCCCUCGAACAGGAUAUGGGAGGGCUCGGGAGACUGUCGCAAGGUCUGCCGCCAGCGAGCAAUUUGAGGCCCGACAAUUGUAUAAAGGCAAGUUUUAUACCACAUCUUGGAAGUUAA